GAAUUUGACCGGGCUGCUGAAGAAUUUGCAACAUUAGUACAAAAUGGUUCGGUUACUGAUGAGGACAAAUUGAAAGCGUAUGGCUUGUUUAAACAAAGCAAAAAUGGUGACAAUAAUACCGCUGAACCGGGUAUUUUCAGACCCACAGAAAGUGCUAAAUGGAAGGCUUGGACAGCAAACAAGGGUAUUUCUCAAGAAGCUGCUCAGGCUCAAUACAUUGCAUUAAUUGAAGAAUAUAAGGGAAAAUAUAAGA